GGGCCGGACGGGGCCGGAGCCGCGGCCGGAGCCAUGGCGGAGCCCGCCGCCGGGCCCCAGCGGGGACCCCCGAUCCGCGUCACCGUGAAGACCCCCAAGGACAAGGAGGAGAUCGAUAUCGGGGAGGGGGCGUCCGUCAGAGAGUUCAAGGAAGAAAUCUCCCGCCGCUUCAAGGCGCAGCAGGACCAGCUGGUGCUGAUUUUCGCGGGGAAGAUCCUGAAGGACGGAGACACCCUCAAGCAGCACGGAGUCAAGGACGGGCUGACCGUCCACCUGGUCAUCAAGACCCCGCAGAAAGCCCAGGAGCCCCCGGCCGCCGGCCCAGCCGACGCGAGCGUCCCGGGCCCGGACGCCCCCUCGGCGCCCGCGGACGCCCCCUCCUCGCCCGCGGCCCCGGCCCAGCCGUCCACCUCGGGGGCCGCCCCCGCGGACGCGGGCGGCGGGGGCCGGAGGCCGGGGGCCGGGGUGGGUGAGGGGGCCGCCCCCGCCUCGGCGUCCAUCCUCUCCGGUUUCGGCGGGCUCCUGGGACUGAGCAGCCUGGGCCUGGGCUCGGCCAACUUCAUGGAGCUGCAGCAGCAGAUGCAGCGGCAGCUCAUGUCCGACCCGGAGCUGCUGACGCAGAUCAUGGAGAACCCCCUGGUGCAGGACGUCAUGGCCCAGCCGCAGCUCAUGCGCCACAUGAUCAUGGCCAACCCCCAGAUGCAGCAGCUCAUGGAGCGGAACCCCGAGAUCAGCCACAUGCUCAACAAUCCCGAGCUCAUGCGCCAGACGAUGGAGCUGGCCCGCAACCCGGCCAUGAUGCAGGAGAUGAUGCGCAACCAGGACCGGGCGCUCAGCAACCUGGAGAGCAUCCCCGGCGGCUACAACGCCCUGCGCCGCAUGUACACCGACAUCCAGGAGCCCAUGUUCAGUGCCACCCGAGAGCAGUUCGGCAGCAACCCCUUCUCCUCGCUGGCGGCCAGUUCGGACGGCGCGGCCUCCCAGCCGCUGCGCACGGAGAACCGCGAGCCCCUCCCCAACCCCUGGAGCCCCUCCCCGCCCGCGGCCCAGGCGGGGCCGGCGGGCGAGGGCUCGGGGGGCCCGGGGGGCCCCGCCGCCCCCACCGUCUCCAACCCGUUCGGCAUCAACGCGGCCAGCCUGGGCGCCGGUAAGGACCCGCCCGCGGCGGUUGGGAGGCCGGGCCGGGCCGGGGAGCGGGGCCGGGGGGCCGGCGGCGCUGACUCGGCCUCGCCGCCGGGCGCAGGGAUGUUCAACAGCCCCGAGAUGCAAGGCCUCCUGCAGCAGGUGGCCGAGAACCCGCAGCUGAUGCGCAGCGUGCUGUCGGCCCCGUACAUGCGAGGCCUGAUGCAGGCGCUUUCCCAGAACCCCGACCUGGCGGCCCAGAUGAUGGUGAACGUGCCCCUGCUGUCGGGGAGCCCCCAGCUCCAGGAGCAGCUGCGCCUGCAGCUCCCCGUCUUCCUGCAGCAGAUGCAGAACCCGGAGUCCCUGUCGGUCCUGACCAACCCGCGGGCCAUGCAGGCUCUGCUGCAGAUCCAGCAGGGGCUGCAGACGCUGCAGACGGAAGCCCCCGGCCUGGUGCCCAGCCUCGGCAACCUGGCCGCGCCCCGGAUCCCCGCUGCGGACGCCGCGGCGGCCCCGUCCACCACGGCGCCGUCCCCCGCGGGGAGCGCCGCGCCCGGCGGGGCCAGCCCCCAGCAGCAGCUCAUGCAGCAGAUGGUGCAGCUGCUGGCCGGAGCGGGCGGCGGGGGACAGGCGCAGACCCCCGAAGUCCAGUACCAGCAGCAGCUGGAGCAGCUGAGCGCCAUGGGCUUCAUCGACCGGGAGGCCAACGUGCAGGCCCUGAUCGCCACCGGCGGGGACAUCAACGCCGCCAUCGAGAGACUGCUGGGGGCCCAGCCCUCCUAACCCCCCGCCCGCCCGGCUCCGCGCGGCCCCCUCUCCCCCCGGCCCCUCCGGUAUUUACACACCUGGG